CAAACUUAUCCACACCCCCUUAUUAGCACAACAAAAUUUUUCAAAACUCAGCUCAUAAAUUAUUAUUAUUAAAAUGUCCAAUCGUGACACAACACCGGGUAAGGGCAGCACCUCUGCUGCGCCAGUUCCCGAAGGAGCAAGUGCUGCACCGAAGCAGUUUACCAGCGUAGAACAUAUGAGCGCGGUGGAGCUGCAGGCGGUUUCGACAGUGCUGCUCAACAUGCAUGAAAUGGUUGAGAAGACUGACAAGUUCAAUGCAGACUUGGACGGCCCGACUACAGAGGAGUGGAUCGAGAAGAUCACAGCCAACAUCCAGUUCUUUAUUGAUGCUAAGGUGCCCACAGCUUCAAUUAUCCAGGCCAUCAAAGGAAGGCUAGAUGGCAAGGUGAAGGCAGUGAUUGGUGAUCGCAAGUUUGUGCACAAGACUGAACUGAAGGAUGCGAUGAUGCAGGCGUUCCCUCAGGCACGGUUUGCAAAACAUGCGCGUGAAAAGCUGGGCAAGGUCUCGACGUUUAAGGAGCUACCAGUGGACAAUAUCAAGCCUCUUGGAAUGAAGCUGCUGCGCCGGGCCGAGCUGAACGAUACACACUGUAUUAUGCUUGCUGAAACCCUAGCCAAGCUCGAUGCACAAGCCUGGUAUGCGACGGAGACCAAGCCGUCAAUGGCCACCACUGCAAAUAUUGAGCAGAUGCUGACAACUUUCCAGCGGCAUUAUGACAUGCAUCAGGAAAUUGGUGAGGCUCGAAAGAUAGUCGAGAGGACAUCCAAUGUUAGCAAGGGCCACGAUGAGUCUACUCAGCCUGGAGAUGCAGCUGCACAGGGAGGCAUGAGGUCAGCACGUGCAUCGCGCAACGCUCGCCAACGCCAGCGAAUUAGGGAGAAGCUGCGUCGUUUGGAUGAGCUUGAGGCGAAGACUGCCAACCCAGACCGCCGUACUGAGCAGAAGCCCGAUAAUCCCCGCCAGAGUCGCCCAAAAGACUAGGCGGCCUUCAUAGCCAGCAACGCUUUGCAUCGGCUUCAUUUGUAGUUGGAAUUAUUUCGAAUGCAUUGGAUACCGAGCAAGCAAA